AUGUUCAAAAACACGUUCCUCACCCCGCAACCCAAAUCUGGCAAUAUCGUUGGCACCGGCGCCAGCGGUGGUGCUGUCUGGCCCGAUAGCCGUCGAGGAGGCGGCGGCGGCGGCGGCGGCUAUCUACCCGGACAAGUCAGCCGCAGGGCACGUGCGCGCGUGAGAUCCAAAGUUCUGGUCAGGGCGAAGGCGGCCAAGCCCAUCGGCCUGGAGCGGACCGGCGAGACGGGCAGGCUACGCAUGUCCCUCCAGGUGCACGCGGAUCCGCAGGGCCACCUCACUCGUCUGGGCUACUACGCGGACCUCUUCUUCGGACUGGACGAGCCGGGGCAAACAGAUGAGCCUAGACGACAACUUGAAGAAAAUCACGUUGGUUAUAUUUCAGCCUGGCGCCUAUCCAAGGAGCCCAAUCAGUAUGCGCACGAGGAAUAUCAGCCUUGGGUUACGGAAUGGCUGCAGGAAGAGUUGGGGGGCCCGGACGAUGACUCCAGGCCGUUCAAGGAGACGCUGAGGCUGCUUUAUGACGAGACCGGUCAGUUGCGAGAUGUCAGUGACGACUCGCUCCGGGCUGCCUUGGAUGAUACUGGCUCCGAGCUCGUAUUCAUCGAGAUGAUAUGGAUUAAAUAUAAGGAUGAGGCAACUGGUUUCCCGGCAGCUGAUGAGACCGACCCACAAUAUUCCAACAGGAUUGCUCGCACCGUCGAGGCCGUGUUCCGAAGCGAGGAUCGCUACGGAUAUAGAAAUAUCAGCAAUGACCACCGUGUUGUGGCACUCACGGUUUCUUUCCCCAAUCGGGAGCGUCUAAUCGUCAACUCCAUGCUUGAAGAUGAGACCGAUCCUGCCCUGCCGCCUACACAGCUGGCCCCCCAACCUGUAUCGUCGAGUAUUCGAUCCUGA